GUCCAGCCACGUGUUGCUUGCUCCGUCAAGUCAAAGACGAUGGAGUCUGCAUACAGUCUUGUAUCUCUGACCCUUCGUCCCGGCUUGUUGAGAAAGUGGCGAGCAAACUGCAAUGGCCAGCAUGGAGUACGUUGAUCUAAGCACUAAGGUGCGGCCCAGGCGGACAGGACGAGGAGCUGUAGAGAAGUGGAGCAGCGGACGAACAGCGUACAGUUCAGUUCAUGUGCCCGGGAACAACGCUAAGUUCUUCGCCUACUAGUAUGUAGCACAAACAAACGCAAAACCUUCGAAGGCAGCUGCUCGGUCGUGAAAAAGACGAAGCUCUUCUUGUCGCAGAACUUCGGAAAGGAACCCCUGCUCCCGUUAGCAUAGCAAUCAGCUCAGCGCCUGGACAGUGUGUCAGCGCGAGUUAGCCGUCGAGUUCUGAGGUUUCACGCAACGUUGCGGACGAAGAUAUGCUAGGGUUGGUCGAAGCACGGUACGGACGUCACCGCCACAGCAACUGCAGACCAGCGAAAUGGUGGAGACAAUGCAACAGCAGACGGAGAGAGGCAGAUAGCAGAGUAGUAGCGAUAGCAUACCUUCUAACCACCUUAGCAGUUACAAGUCUCGCUGCCCAGUUCCAGUGUGCCGCAGCGCAGGAUACAGAAGCUGUGCAAGUGGUCCAGUACGCCCGAGGCAGCACGGCACGACUGCACUGCUCGCACACCACCCAGCAACGGCACGUGCUCAGAUCGGGACACUGGCGUGGGCGGUGGCAUCGAGCGUUCGCGCCAUCCGCUCCAGUGCACGCGUCGGCGCAUGGCACCGACGGCACGACUUCCUCCACUGCUGCUUCCAGUUCCACCGUGGUGUUCAGCCAUCAGCCUGUUUCGGCUAGCAGUAGUGCCUGGGUAGCUGCACUGCACAUGAACAGUACACUGCGUAUUCCCAACCUAUCACUGCACCACCAGGAUCUGUACACGGCUAUGAUCCAUGACAAGAGCGGUGGACUGCUGGCCAAGUGUAUGUUCAUUCUGCUCCUCGACGCAGAUCUACCCGGCAGCAAUCGCAGCAUCGCUGAUCGAACAGCAGCUCUAGUUCACCGGCAGCAGAUCAGCACACACACUGCACACAGCCAGGCUAACGGUGCUGCUGAGUUGUCAUGCUGGUACACAAGCCCAGCCAGUCCUGAUACAGCCGCAGCCAAUAGUAGGAGUUCGGCCGCCAUGCUGGACUACCAGUGGUGGAGUAAUGGCGGACCACUUGAUUCAGCUGCCAACGAGGGCUUGCCGUAUCAAACCAAAGGAAAUACAUUCGAUCUGAUCCUGACGGGAACCGGAGAGAAAAUCGAGCAGCACUUUCACAGGAGGUCACUGACUGUGUUCCCACGUGCCGGUCGACAGACGUUCUCCUGCGUCUCCAUGCCAACCAGCAAUGACACCACAGAUAGCCCAGAGCCGGUCAUCACCUAUGAUGUCAUCACGGGGAAUUCCCCAAGCAACAUCGGCUCUGACGGCGCCAUAGUGUCUUGGCAAGCGACGGUGAUAACAGUGGAUGACAGCGGGGAUGCUGUGAAUGCCACGUGCACUGGCUUGGAGCCACGGACAGCAGCACACAAUUCCCCCGGAUACACACCGACUCCUGUCUGGGUUAUCGACGGUGUAUCGUCAUCAGGCAUCGAGACUCUCCCGGACUGGAUUACGCUAUCACAGUGCCUGCUCACUGGCGAAUGGAUCGCGCUGGGCAUUAACCGUGACGGCAUCACGUCUGCUGUCGCUCUCUCCUGUCGCAUGGAGCGGCACUCGUUGAAAGCAGGUCAGCCCCAUUGCACCACCCUGCUUGGACGAUAUCUAGAUAACAACCUAAACGAGUCGCCAGGCAUUGCAGAGGCGGUGUCCAGUGAGGGUGCGGACAAUGGCAACAAGACCAGCGACGAGGAUGGCGGCGACGGUGGGCCGGGCGUGCACGUAGAGAGUCUGCAGAGUGACGGCAUCAUCGCCGUCGUGAUUCUGGGCGUGGCGCUGCUCGUGUCGGUCACCACGGUGAUAACGGUGUACAAGCGGCGCGAGCACAACAUCAUCGUGCGGCGCAUCCGCCAGCGUCACCGCUACACGCCCAAGUCAAUGAGCGAAGCCAAUAUCUCAACCAUAUGAUGUCUUCCCAGUCGUGUCUACUUGUUACUUCAGCUUUGCAGUCCAGCUUUCCGUACGUCACUAUGGGUGUAGCUGAUGUGUUUGAACUACCCAUGUGCUGUGCAAAAACUCUGCUGCAUCGACUAUAGUGCUCUGGGGUGUUGUGUGAGAUUAUAAUACCAACACACUGUACUGGAACUCGGGAGUACAUGUACAAACACACACACACACCCAGGGUGUUGUGAAACUCCCUAAACGGAAUUACACUAACCUUCCAGCCGCAAAUCUGCAGUAGUGCAGCUCUGCUAUAUACCUUCUGUUUUAAAUUAUCAACACACACACACCAGCAACCCUUGAACCAAGGGAAGGCAGAUGGAAGGUGUGGACUUUGUGAUAUUUUAUUCUCAAACUUUACUCAGAUCGAAGUAGGAUCAAUACUAUUAUGCAUGUGAGUCAA